CCAUACGUCGACCGUAGGUAUCGUUAAUUAUUGGCUAUUAAAUCUCUCUGCUAUCAGGGGAAACCCCCCCAAAAUUUGUCUACAGAUUACAGGUGAAAGAAAAAAUGGCAGGUAAGGGAAAAGGAACAGCAGCAGAUUAUUUAUCGGGGAAACGGACGCGUGACGGAGGCCCGAAGACAGUAUUUCGGAGUGACUAUCUGUUCAGUUCUCGUGACGUGGAAGAUUCUAGAAAUGGCGUGUUUCUUAAAAAUUACUUUGGUCAAGAUCUCGGAGCCCAGGCUGGACCAAAGGCUCCUGGCAUUCCCGUUUUUCCCAAAAACGAAGAGAGAUAUGAAGAGAAUCAAGACAAGUUUCUUGAAGAGCAUUAUAAACAUUUUCGCAGCAAGUAUGGUGGGGUAUCCGUGGGCAGCUGGGCUCGUGUGAAAAGAGGGAAAUACAUGGGAGAUCUAGCACAGGUUGUGAAUGUGAAUGAGUUUCAGAGGAAAGCCACUGUUAAGCUUCUACCGAGAAUAGAUCUACAAGCCAUGGCUAUAAAAUAUAGUGGCGGAGAUACUGGGUACCAAUAUACAUCUCCAGCUCCUAGACUUAUCACAUCCAGUGAACUAAACGCAUAUAGGCUACGAGUUAGGCAUAGCCUUGACCCUGAAACAGGAGAUUUGUAUGAGGUAUUUGAUGGAAUGAAACUGAAGGAUGGUUAUGUCUUCAAAAAACUCUCCUUGGAUUCGUUGAAUUUCUCUAGCAAGCCUUCUGAAGCAGAGCUUAAAAAAUUUAGUCCUGGCAAGGAACAAGAAGAAUCCAAUGAUUUAAAUAAAAAACAAACUACAAAUAACAAUCAAGUACCAGAGGGUUUGUCGAGCUCUGACAUGGAGAAUACUUUUGAAAUUCCUGAUCUUGUGAACCUCGGUGGCAAGGCAUUUGGAAGAGAGAACGAUGCCUCUGAAGCUAGGUUUGUGGAGAAACUAAGGAGUGGAGCAAAAGAGUUGAGUGAUCUGAUGGAGGAAGCGGCUACCAGAUGUUUGGGGAGGGCGUCUGUUGAGAAUCAACUUCGAUGUGCUAUUGAGGAGUUGCAGUCAUGCAAGGAGAGGGUUUCUGCUGCAGAGGCGGAGCGUGAUACCUUACGUGAUCGUCUUAAGCUUGAUAGGAAGAAGAUAUUGGCUAUCUUCAGGAGAAUUUUGGAUACAAACUUUGACUUGUUCCCCCGUCUCAAAGAAGAUGUUCGUAUUUGGUGUGCAAACAUUUAGUUGGAUUGAUGAAUGAAAGCUCUAGUUUUUUCA